AUCAGGCAGUGGCCCCCUGGGAGUGAUGGAUAGGGGCAGGUUGAGGCUAAGGGCCAGAGAAUGGCGUCCCAGGCAGCAGGCAACCAGACCUCCUUCGGGCUUGCUGAAGACUACAGCAGCUGGUACAUCGAUGAGCCCCAGGAGGGCAAGGAGCCCCAGUCAGAGGGGGUAGAGCCCUCCUGCCAACCCAGUGUACUGCCUGCACUGCACCAUGCCUGCCUGGCCUCGCUGUCGCUCCUUGCCCUGUUGCUGUUGGCUAUACUGGCGAGGCGCCGCCAGCUCUGGCCGAGCUGUGGGCACUGCAGGCCCGGACUGCCCAGCCCUGUGGACUUCUUGGCUGGGGACAGACCAUGGACAGUGCCAGCUGCUGUCUUCAUGAUUCUCUUCAGUGCCCUGUGUUUGUUGGUCCCCAACGAGGACCCACUGCCCUUCCUGAGCCUCAUCUCAACACCUGGUGCAGAUGGGGAAGUCAAGUCCUCAAGAGGACCUUGGAAGAUGCUGGCCUUGCUCUAUUACCCGAGCCUCUACUACCCUUUGGCUGCUUGUGCCACAGCCAGGCACAGAGCCGCACAUCUGCUUGGAACUGCACUGUCCUGGGCCCACUUUGGUGUCCACGUCUGGCAGAGAACAGAAUGUCCCCAGACACCCCAGAUCUACAAGUACUACGCCCUGCUGGCCUCCGUGCCUCUCUUUCUGGGCUUCGGAUUCCUGAGCCUUUGGUACCCAGUGCAGCUGGUACGGAGCUUCCGUCAUAGGACAGGGGCAGGCUCCAAGGGUCUGCAGAGUGCCUUCUCCGAGGAGUACCUGAGGACCCUCCUUUGCCGGAAGAAGCUGGACAGCUGCUCCUGUCCCACCAACAAACAUAGCCUCCUGUCUCGGGCCUGGACCUGCUUCCAGCACUCCAUCUACAUUCCACAGCCAGGAUUCCACCUACCCUUGAAGCUGGUGAUCUCAGCCACCCUGACAGGGACAGCCAUUUACCAGGUAGCCCUGCUGCUGCUGGUGAGUGUGGUGCCCACCAUGCAGAAGGUGAGGGCGGGACUCACCACCGACGUCUCCUACCUGAUGGCCGGCUUCGGGAUCGUGCUGUCUGAGGACAAGCAGGAGGUGCUGGAGCUGGUGAAACACCACCUGUGGGCUCUGGAAGUGUGCUACGUCUCAGCCUUGGUCUUGUCUUGCUCACUCACCUUCCUGCUCCUGCUCCGCUCGCUGGUGACACACAGGACUAAUCUCCAAGCUCUGCACCGAGGCGCUGCCCUGGACCUCGGUCCUCCACUCCAGAGCAAGCGCCCCUCCCGCCAGGCCAUCUUCUACUGGAUGAGCUUCAGUGCCUACCAGACUUCCUUCACCUGCCUUGGCCUUGUGGUACAGCAGAUCAUUUUCUUCCUGGGAACCACUGCUCUCACCUUCCUGGUGUUCAUACCUGUGCUCCACGGCAGGAACCUCCUGCUCCUACGAUCCCUGGAAUCCUCCUGGCCUUUCUGGCUGACUUUGGCCCUGGCUGUGACUCUGCAGAACAUAGCAGCCUACUGGGUCUUCCUGGAGACUCACCAUGGACACCCAGAACUGACCAACCGGCGAGUCCUCUCUGCGAUCACCUUUCUUCUCUUCCCCAUCAACAUGCUGGUGGGUGCUGUGGUGGCCGCCUGGCGUGUGCUCCUCUCUGCUGUCUACAAUGCAGUCCAUCUGGGGCAGAUGGACCUCAGCCUGCUGCCACCAAGAGCUGCCACUCUGGACCCAGGCUACCACGCAUACCGGAACUUCCUGAAGAUUGAAGUCAGCCAGUCACAUCCAGCCAUGACAGCCUUCUGCACCCUGCUCCUUCAAGCCUGGGGCCGAAGGCUCCAGCAGACCCCAGCAGACCCCCAGGGCAGCCUCAGACUGGGGGAGGAAGAAGAAGGGAUGCAGUUGCUACAGACAAAGGACCUGGUGGCCAAGGGAGCGGGGCCUAGAGCCAGCCGGAGCAGGGCCCGCUGGUUUCUGGCCUACACGCUGCUGCACAACCCAGCCCUGCAGACCUUCCGGAAGACGGCCCUGUCAGGUGCCCGGGCCAAUGGUGCCCAGGCCUGA